CUUCCUGUUUUUACUUUCACUUUGACAUUGUCCACAUGAUUUUCUAAUUUUCCUACAUAAAUAAAGGCAGUUAUCAGGGGGAACACAAUUAUGGCUGCAGCUGUAGCUGUAAAGGAAGAACCGGCUGAAAUUUUGGAUCUUGAAAUCAGGAUUAUAGAAUUAUGUCAAGAACAGCCUGAUGGAAUAACAGAUGCUAUAAUUAUGAAAGAUUUACCAUUAUGUAGCCCACAACAGCGAGUUACUUGUAUAAAUAGACUUUUGUCCACAGGUAAAAUAGAUUUACUGAGAAGUGGUAACAAACUGAUCUACAAACUGAAGGAUCCUGAUGCUGCAAGCCAAGCCAAAGGAGGAGAUCAUCAAGAGAAAGUAGUUUAUCAAAUCAUUAAAGAAGCUAACAAUAAAGGAAUCUGGAUAAGAGAUAUAAGAUAUAAAUCCAACUUAUUACUGACUCAAGUCAACAAGAUAUUAAAGAAUUUGGAAAGUAAAAAAUUAAUUAAAGCAGUUAAAUCUGUAGCGGCCUCAAAGAAGAAAGUAUACAUGUUAUAUGACUUAGAACCUGCCCAGUCAGUCACUGGAGGAGCUUGGUAUAGUGAUCAAGAUUUUGAAUCAGAAUUUGUAGAAGUAUUGAAUCAACAAUGCUUCAAGUUUUUAGAGCAGAAAGCAGCCAUUGCACGAGAUACCAAAACAGACCCAAUUGCUCAAAGAAAUGCUUCAUUCACACCUUUACAUGAUGUGUGGAAGUUCAUAUCAGAGUUAGGGAUAAGUAAGGUUCAGUUAACCAAAGAAGACAUAGAAACAAUUCUGAAUACCUUGAUAUUUGAUGGGAAACUGGAAUGUACCAUUGUUGCAUCAGCAGGGGGUUCAGGGGAUGCUGGGAGAUCUAAGCUGUACAGAGCUAUAAAUCCACUUGUGGAGACUACAGGACUUAUGAGAAUGCCAUGUGGUUCAUGCCCUGUGUUUGACAAAUGCUAUGAAGGAGGAGCUGUGUCCCCAACAACAUGUAUUUAUAUGAAAGAAUGGCUGGAUAGCUGAUAAAAAUUUAGGAGGAAUUGUUGUGGUCCAUGGAAACACUGGUAUGCCAAUACUCUGGGCUCAUUAAAAUAUCAUUCAAAGCUGACAGUAAAUGUGAUCUGUAGAAUCAUAACUAUGUCAAGUUCUAGAUAUAGAUGAAAUCUAACAUGAAGUUAUUGGAAAAUUCAAUAUUGAGCAAUAUAUUGUAAUAGUAAUGAAAGAACUUUGUUAUUUGUACUUUAGACAGUAAUAUUGAUACAGUUUAAAUAACUUAUAGGCUGCUGUUAUUUAAAAAUUAUAUGAAAAUUGUGUGGUUAAACAUCAUAUGUAAAUAAAUUACUUACUGAAA